AUGGCUACCACAAAUAAUCUUGUCAAUUCUCAAGUGCCCAAAUUAUUGAAAGAUAACUAUGAGAGUUGGUCAAUCCAAAUGAGAGCCUUAUUUGGUUCUCAAGAGUUGUGGGAGCUGAUCAUUGAUGGGUUCACGGAACCUACCCCAGAAGUAGAAGCCACCUAUACCGCCGAAGAGAAGAAGGCUCUCAGAGAACAAAGAAAGAAGGAUAGCAAGGCUCGUUUUCUACUCUAUCAAGGGUUGGACGAGUCUACCUUUGAGAGAGUUGCCGAAGCAACGACAAGCAAGGAAGCAUGGGAAAUCCUUGCGACCAUCUACAAAGGUGUCGAGCGGGUGAAGCGAAUUCGCCUCCAAACUUUGAGGGGCGAUCUUGAAGCCGCUCAAAUGAAAGAUGAAGAACAAAUCUCCGAUUAUUAUUCACGAUUACUUCUAAUUGUGAAUAAAAUAAGGAGAAAUGGAGAGAAGAUGGAGGACAUCCGAGUGAUGGAGAAGUUGCUCCGAUCCCUCACAUCAAAAUUCGAGCACGUGGUGGCGGCAAUUGAGGAGUCAAAGAAUUUGGAGGAUAUCUCAAUAGAGGAGCUCUUGGGAUCUCUCCAAGUUCAUGAACAACGAAUGCAAAAGAAGGCUAGUUCCAUAGUUUUGGAGCAAGUACUAGAGUCGCCGAAGCAACAAAUGAUGUGGGUAACAACUCUACGCUUCUUCUUGCUAAUGAUGAUUCAAGUGUUGAGAAUGAUGCUUGGUACCUUGACUCGGGUGCUAGCAACCACAUGUGCGGGAAGAAAGAACUUUUCAUGGAACUCGCAGAAGGAGUUCAUGGAAGUGUGA